AUGGCUUCGUCCGAUCGCUUUCUCCUCCCCAUCGUCCCUCAGAUCCAUGGGAGUUCAUGUAGCACCUUCAAAAUGCCCCCACUGGGUGGCUCCUUGACUCUACCUGAGCUGUACGAGUGGCACGCGGAGCACUGUCCUGAGCACCCUCUUUUUGUCUUCGCACAGGAGGAUGGCAGCCUUCACAAAAUCUGCUGGCCCGAGGUUCUGAGAGCGGUCUACACAGGUGUCAAGAUCAUUCGGGACCGUACGCACUGGCAAGCUGGUAUGACCAAGGCGCCGGUUGUAGCUAUCUUGUCGAACUCAGACUCGGUUCCGUACGCGACGACGACAAUGGCUAUCAUGCGGGCUAAUUGCACGGCUUUCUUGAUCUCUUCGCGCAACUCUCCUGCGGCGGUGGCACAUCUGCUCAAUAAAGUCGGUGCUCAGCAUCUACUAAUUGGAGACGAGCCCUCCAUGACUGGUCUUUGUAAAGAGUCCCUGGAUAUCCUGAAGACGCAGUAUUCUGAAGCGACUGUGCCCGAGACGUCAGCAAUGCUUGGCUUCGGGGAACUCUACCUCCCUGUCUCUCAGAAUCCAUCUCGCAACGACGUUCCGUAUGAAUACAAGGGUGCUGAGGAACCUGCUGUGAUCUUGCACUCGUCUGGUUCGUAUCACCCGUAUUUCCGGGUUUCCUCAGCACAGAAUCUGGUGUCAUGGCUCUUCUCCUGCCUGGUACGUUUACUCACACGGUGGGCCCGCGUGCCUUCAGUGACGCCCUUCCUAGCGGAAGUUAGUCGCGAUUGGGAGUAUUUGAAACUCCCGCGCCACAUAUCCGCCAAGAUGAUACCAUCAGGAGAGGGGGCCUUCGAGCUUGUCAUUCUCGCAAACGAAUAUGGAUGCCUGAGUGUUUUUAAUACCAACAUCGACGGAGUGGACGCCUAUGCUACAUCUGAUCUUUUAGUAGAACAUCCAACGAAAUCGGGUUACUGGAAGGUGAUCGGACGCGUUGACGACCAAAUCAUGCAUAGCACCGGAGAGAAGACCAAUCCAGACCCUCUGGAAGCUAUCAUGAAUUUGGACCCUCAUGUUUCGGCAUCCUUAAUGUUUGGCCGCGGCCGUUUUCAAGUGGGGAUGUUAAUCAACCCUAAAGCCGACCAUGUAUUCGAUAUAUUGGACGAGGGGAAACUGCCAGAGUUCAGGAACAAAGUAUGGCCCACAGUCGAGAAGAUGAACAAACUCGCGCCCCAGCAUUCAAGAUUAUUCAAGGAGAUGAUCUUGGUUACCAGACCAACGAAGCCGUUCUCAUACACGGCUAAGCAUAGCAUUCGACGAGGUGCUAUUAUUCGAGACUAUGAGGAUGAGAUAGCUGCUCUCUACGACACUGUCGAUGCGAGCGCACAGUCCUCUAUACAGCCACCGACCGACUGGGCACUUCCCGCCACCAUCGAAUACGUCCGUACGGUCGUAGGUAAAGUGAUGGUACACCCGGUAACGGACAAUGACGAUGUGUUUCAGCACGGAUGCGACAGCCUGCAGGCCACGUACAUUCGCAACAUGAUCCUCCGUGCCCUCCGUGACACAACAAAGAUGGAUACACGCAAUAUCGGUGACGGCUUCGUCUACGAUCAUCCGACCAUCUCCAGCUUGGCUGCGUUUGUCUCUUCCAUCGCCCAGGGGAUGCAUGACGCAGCAGCAGCAGGACCAACAACAUCUGCUCGUAUCCUGUCCAUGCGGGCUAUGCUAGCGAAAUACUCCGCUCACUUCUCGGCUCGCCCUCAAACACUGCUUCCAUCGCAACCUGAACGCGAUGUAGUCCUCGUAACAGGGACGACGGGUAGUCUAGGAUGUCAUUUACUUGCUUUGCUCGUGGCGGAUCCGAAGGUUGGGCGGGUGUAUGCGUUCAACAGGCCAGCUAAGUCGCAGAUGCCUCUUCGCGAGAGACAGAAAUUGGCCUUGGCCGACCGUGGACUCGACGCGUGCAUAGUAGAUUUGGAGAAAGUGGUGCUUCUCGAGGGAAGCCUCACAUCGGGGAACUUAGGCCUUGAAGAAAUUAUGUACGAGAAGGUCGCUAGCCCAUCGACUAACAAUCUGUAUACAGCAUGGCGUGUCGACUUCGUGAUCAAUCUGGAGUCGUUCGAGGAUUCCAUCGCAGGUGUGCGACGCUUGGUGGAUUUCGCUCUGACUUCACCAUUGCCACAACCGCCACGGGUGCUGCUCGAGAGCUCUAUUGGUGUAUUUCAAAGUUCGUCCGUGACAUCCGAUGUGGUAUUUACAGAAGGACCGAUUGAGCCCGAUCUCGCAGCCGGCACAGGCUACGGAGAGUCCAAAUGGGUCUCCGAACAGAUCCUUUAUGCAGCAGCAACCAAGGCUUCUCUCAACACGCUGGUGGUCCGUGUGGGACAGGUUUGCGGUGGCCUCGACGGCGUGUGGAACGUGCAUGAGUGGUUCCCCACCCUCGUACAGAGCGCACCACGGCUCCAAUGUUUCCCAGAUGACAACAAGGAGGUGAACUGGGUACCGGUCGAGAUCGCGGCAGGAGCGAUCAUCGACCUUCGCCACCACACCUCAAAUACAACGCGCACCGUACAUCUCGUGCACCCACGCCCGGUCUCGUGGCACUCCCUCGCGAGCGCCAUCGCAUCCGAGCUCGCUGUCCCGCUCGUGUCGUACUCGGAGUGGCUAGCUAAGCUGGAGCAGGCGCAUCAGGCGGACAACGAUCUGGGUAACACAGAACAGGGCAAUAGUCGGGACCUGCGCGCGCUACAGCUGCUGCCGUUCUUCCGGAGUGUGGCGAACAAGAUUCAUCUUACGCGGAUGGCGAUGGGCAUGCCGACCCUCUCAAUUGAGCAUGCUCUCUUGAGAUCGCCGACGCUAGCGGAUCCCACUGUUUGCCAGCUGGGAGAGGAGGAUGUCAAAAGGUGGCUUGCGUAUUGGAGGAAGGUCGGUCUGUUUUGA